GAUUCAUAACUCAAUUUCAACUAAAACAAAAAAUAAAAGCGAGUAAUUGUGGUAGCCAAACAGGCCCUAAGAACUAGGCAAAAGAAGGAAGAGUCGGUAGCAGUUUACAAGAAUUGAAUCAAGGUGGACUCUUCUUCUCUGUAGACGUAAAGAAGAGAAGGAGGAAAAAAAAACACUAGAGUAUAUAUUAUUGGAGUAGUUAGUGUAUAUAGGUGUGACUGAGAGAGUUGUGAGCACGCAAUAAUACUUUAAAUUUCCCCUCUUUGGGAAUUUGACUCACUGGUUGUUGGAUAUUCCAUUUUUUGGUGACUAUGGGUUGCGCUGGAUCCUCGCGUUCCAAAGGAGAUGAAACUGGCAAGAAGGUAAGAAAACCAAAGCCAUGGAAACACUCAGAACCAAUAACAAGAGCUCAGCUUGUACAGAUGCGUGAUGAAUUCUGGGACACUGCGCCACACUAUGGUGGGCGAAAAGAGAUCUGGGAUGCGCUACGUGCUGCUGCAGAGGCAGACAUAAGCCUUGCACAGACAAUCGUGGACAGUGCUGGGAUAAUUGUUCAAGCCGCUGAUUUAACUGUUUGCUAUGAUGAGAGAGGUGCCAAGUAUGAGUUGCCCAAAUAUGUUUUGAGCGAACCAACAAAUUUGACUGGUGAAAACUGAGUAAGGCAAUCAUCUAAUCAAUUGCCCAUGCUUUAUUUGAGACUGUAAAUGGUGUAAAUUGCUCUCACAAUUCAUUACUCUCAAAUAUUCAUUUCGUUUUAUAUGCAUUAUGAUUCCAUUUCAAGAAAUCAAGAAUCCUCUUUGCCACAGCAGAAAUCCUGCACCAUGGUGUUUUUUUGGACA